UUAUUUUUUUAUUUCUCUAUUUACUUACAUUUUUCCUUAUUAUUUUUCAUCUUUUCCUUGUGUUACUCUACCACAUGAAUAUUAUUUGAUGAGCAAAAAAGACUAGCUAGGCAUUAUUGGGUUGAGCAGCCUUUACCUCAUCAAACAACACUUUGAGCUUUCUUCGGGAUUUGGCACAAAGGCUUGUUUUGAGAAACAUUAACAACUAAAAAAAUGUGAACACCUUUUUAAAAAUACAUGAACAUUUUUUACAUAUAAUAAUAUAAAAAAUAUAUUCAUGAACAUGUUGUCUUGGUAUAUGCAAACAUUUUUUAAACAUGAGCAUCUCUUUGAGAAGUAAUGAGAAAAAUUGUUUCAAAUACAAAAGUAAUUUCUAAAUUACAUGAACAUUUAUUUUCAUAUGCGUGCACAUUUUUUAUUGCAACGAAUGAACACUUCAUUUCCACAUACAUGACCAUUUUAAAGAAAAAUACAUUCAAAAAAUAAAAUCACAUUAACAUGUUUUAUUUCCCUGGAUAUUGUAUUUUUGCAACAAGUGAACAUUUUUUCACUUACUAUUUUUAAACUGGAUAUAUAAAACUAGUGAAUACAUAUAAAACUGUCCUUAGAGAUGUGGACAGCCAUCCAAGAAUUGUGUAUGAGGUGCGCAACCUGCAGGCUAUAUCAAGCGUCAAAAUAAAUGAUGACUUCGAGGAAUAGUUGGUAAGCUUUGCUCACCAGCUAGCCAGUCAAACCUAACGCAAGAGCAGUUGGACACUUGGAGUGCUCACAAAUGUAUCUGCACCAAAAGUAUACAGCCAAAAUUGCUUAAUUUACGUCCAUUGUGGCAAUCAGCAGGCCGGCAAGUAUUGUUGUUUGUUUGUCUGACAAAGACAAGAAUGGAUAUUUUUUGGUUGUAGACAUACCUCACCUCACAUGCAUUCUGGCAUUCUACAAACAUGGCUAAAUUAAGACUGUUUCAGGUUGGUCAAGAGUAUAGCACCCAGACCACAUCGUUGCCGUGAUGUGGAUGUUGUGCACUUCAUCGCUAAAUUAGACCUGAAGAAGAUCUUCAAUCACAGCAUACUGACAUUUUUUGCUCCGCUAUCAAGGAAAAUAGCUGCGACAUGUAUCCAUCCCACGCCUUAGAUCUGGUGAAGAAAGACUAGACGUGAGGCAGGCGGAGUGUCAAACUUUUCGACGAAACUGCCAAUCCAAUAGUUGUGCAGUUCCUCACUAAAUUAAGCCUGAAUCUCACAUCUUCACAGGGACGUUUUUCACCCCAUUGGUUUGGCGGUUGUGCUUGACUACUAGUUCACCACGCUUAAUUAUUUCUUGCCAUGGCGGCCGAGCGGAGCACCCACCCUACUACACAACAGUUGCGGUCUCUCCAACUGCAAGCUACCCCUCUCCCUCUCCCUUGGUUCACCAUGCCUCUCCUCCUCUUUGUGUUCACUGUCUUCACCUUACACGCCGCCGCCCCUGCAAAUUCUGCCACGACGGACACCAUCUCCGCCGCCCAACCACUCGCCGGCGGCGAGAAGCUCGUCUCCGGGAAUGGCAGGUACGCUCUUGGCUUCUUCGAGACCGGCAGCGACUCCAACUGGUACAUGGGCAUAUGGUUCAACACAGUCCCCAAGCUUACUCCAGCGUGGGUCGCAAAUAGGGACGACCCGAUCAAGAACAUCACCUCGCUGGAGCUCACGAUCUCCGGGGAUGGCAACCUUGUCAUCCUGAACCGGUCCAGCAGCUCCAUAAUAUGGUCUUCUCAAGCAAGAGCCACAGCCACCGACACCAUUGCUGUCCUCCUGAACACUGGGAAUCUCGUCCUGCAGAACAGCUCUUCAAACCCAUCAGAUGUUUUCUGGCAGAGCUUUGACUACCCCACGGACACAUUUUUGCCCGGGGCGAAGCUUGGGUAUGACAAGGUCACCGGCCUCAAUCGCCGCCUUGUUUCUUGGAAGAACUUGAUCGACCCAGCCACUGGAGCAUACCAUGAGGAGUUAGACCCCAGCGGCCUCGACCAGUUCCUCCUGACACCGCUCAACUCUUCCACACCGUAUUGGUACAGCGGUGUCUGGAACGGCCAAUACUUCGCCUUGAUGCCAGAGAUGUCAAACGGCUAUUUUAUGAAUUUUACAUUUGUCGACAACGAUCAAGAGAAGUACUUCAUGUAUACCUUGCAUGAUGAAACCACGGUCAUCCGUAAUUAUGUGGAUGUCUCAGGUCAGGCAAAGACCAAUAUGUGGCAAGAAAGCUCACAGAAUUGGGUGCCGAUGUUUGCCCAGCCCAAAGCUCAGUGUGAUGUCUAUGCAGUCUGUGGACCUUCCACCAUUUGCGAUGACAACACGCUGCCAUCUUGUAACUGUAUGAAGGGCUUCGCCGUGAGAUCGCCCAAGGAUUGGAAACUAUAUGAUCUAACCAGUGGGUGCUUGAGAAAUACUCCAUUAGACUGCAGCAACAGAAGCACAAUUUCGACAGAUAGGUUCUACCCCAUGCCAUGUGUUAGAUUGCCCCAAAAUGAUGAUCAUAGCAAGCCAGCUGCUGCUAGUUCUGGUGAGUGUGCACAGAUCUGCCUGGGUGACUGUUCUUGCACUGCAUACUCCUUUGUGAAGGGCGAAUGCUCUGCUUGGCACGGCGAAUUACUUGACUGGAGACAGCAUCAGUGCAGUGACAGUUCAAGCACAAAUGGAGAAACUCUUUACCUUCGCCUUGCUGCCAAAGAAUUUCCCAGUCAGCAGGCUAGCAGAAGAGGAAAAACCAAUGUUAUACUCGUCAUCAGUGCAACUGUUGCUUCGUUAGGCUUGUUAGCAGCACUGGUGCUACUAAUCAUUAUUUGGAGGAACAGAACAAAGUUAUCUGGUGGCACACUGAAAAUUGCUAAAGGUGUCAAUGGUAUCAUCGCGUUCCGGUAUGCUGAUUUGCAACGCGCAACUAAAAGUUUCUCUGAGAAGCUCGGAGGAGGCAGCUUUGGUAGUGUGUUCAAGGGGUCUCUGGGUGACUCGACAACCAUAGCGGUGAAAAGGCUUGACCAUGCUAACCAAGGAGAGAAGCAAUUCAGGGCGGAGGUGAGCUCCAUCGGGAUCAUUCACCAUAUCAAUUUAGUCAGGUUAAUUGGCUUUUGCUGCGAGGGUGGUAGGAGAUUGCUUGUCUAUGAGCACAUGCCAAAUCGUUCUCUCGAUCUCCAUUUAUUCCAGAGCAAUGCCACAAUGCCAUGGCAUGCCAGGUACCAAAUCGCCCUCGGAGUUGCUAGAGGAUUGGCCUACUUGCACGACAGCUGCCAAGACUGCAUCAUACACUGUGACAUCAAACCAGAAAACAUCCUCCUUGACGCUUCGUUCGCUCCGAAGAUCGCCGACUUUGGGAUGGCCAAGCUUCUGGGAAGGGAUUUCAGCCGGGUGCUGACCACGGUGAGAGGGACUGCGGGGUACCUCGCGCCUGAAUGGAUCAGCGGCGUUGCGGUCACAACAAAAAUCGAUGUUUACAGCUAUGGGAUGGUGCUGCUGGAGAUCAUAUCUGGGAGGAGAAAUUCUUGGGCACCAUGUUCUUGCGGCGGUGACCAUGGUGUUUAUUUCCCUGUUAACGUUGCCCAGAAGCUUCUCGAAGGCAGUGACAUCGGGAGCUUGGUGGAUCACAUGUUACAUGGCGAUGUCAAUCUGGAUGAGGCUGCAACGGCUUGCAAGGUCGCGUGCUGGUGCAUCCAAGAUGAUGAGUUUGAUCGGCCGACGAUGGGAGAAGUAGUUCAGAUUCUCGAGGGGCUGUCUGAGAUCAGUGUGCCCCCGAUGCCCAGGGUGCUUCAAGCUAUGAGCGGCAGGGGAAGUUCGCAUUCGACAUGCUCCUAAUAAAUAUGUUAACUUUUAAGGGAGUAUUUCUAUUCUGGAAUCCAUGGAAUUACUUGUAAUUUACAUGUGUCAGAAAUGAAGUUGCUAUUUGUUAAAAAUAUAUUUAUAUACUUGAAAGAUAGACCGUUUGUGUGAGUAGUACAAGUGUAUCGAUUUGAUCGAUAAAACAACUAUAUGUGGCAUUGGGAGAGAAUACAUAGUGUUCCCGUAGCUUGGA